UGCAUGUGGAACAACAUCAAAGGUGAAAGUCCUCAAGAUUUUGACAACUAUCCAUCAGAUAUGUUGCUGUAUUACAGCUACACCAACAUACAACAGACCGACUGCAGAUCCUACUUCAUUGAAACAGGAAGAGCAGACUUCUCCGUCCUGUCCAGCACGUUGGAUGGAUGAAAGGUUGAUCUACUGAACAAUGCCAAAAAGUGCCUGAACAUCAAAGGGACACAGCUCAGUCGAGAUAAUCUCGAGGUCCUGGGCAACAUGGCAUGUACUCUGGAUGAGAACUACAUUCAGAGCUCUGACUCUUACAUCCUGGAGAAACUAAAGAACUGCAAUGACUUCUCAGAUCAGCAGAUUAAAGCUAUGGAGACUGUUAUCUGCAGUGGCAACACCACAUAUGGAAACUCAAGCACAUGGACUGAAAAAACUCUAGAGCAGCUUGACAUUCUUCCACUGUACUUAACAGAGAACUUCUGGAAACACAUCAGCGCGCAGAAUAAAAGCAAGUUCCUGAAGAAAUUCAUGAAAAAAACUACGUACAAACAAGACAAUGAAGAGGAAACUGAAGAACCUGUUCAAAGAAUGCACCAUGUCUUUGAGAUCCAAACGAAGCACUGGUAG